AUGAAGGCCAGCCUCUUCUUCCUCGCGGCCUCCACGGCCCUCGCCGCGCCCCUCGAGAGCGUCCCUCCCGUCGUCCGCAGCGAGGUGGGAGCCUUCCCCAUCGCCGAGCUCGAGGCCUACUACAACGCUGCCUACUCCGUCAAGCCCGAGGAGGCGGACGCCCUGCACCCGACCAUCUCCAAGCGUCAGUACAACGGCGACACCUUCAACCAGCUCACCGACGGCACCCCCUGCCGCAAGGUCACCCUGAUCUGGGCCCGCGGCACCACCCAGUCCGGCAACGUCGGCGAGGCGGGCUCCGAGGGGCCUGUCUUCUUCAACGCUCUCGCUUCGCGCGUCGGAGCUUCGAACUUGGCCGUCCAGGGCGUCGACUACCCUGCCAGCAUCUUUGGCUUCCUCGCCGGCGGUGAUGCGGGUGGCAGCACCACCAUGGCCAACCUGGUCGCCCGCGCCGUGACCCAGUGCCCCAACACCAAGAUCGUCCUCUCCGGAUACAGCCAGGGCGGCCAGCUCGUCCACAACGCCGCGGCCAAGCUGACUGCGGCCCAGACCAACCGGAUCUCUGCCGUCCUCAUCUUCGGCGACCCGUUCGACGGCCAGCGCGUGGGCAACAUCCCCGCGUCCAAGGUCAAGGUCAUCUGCCACGACGGCGACAACAUCUGUGACGGCGGCAUCAUCAUCACUGCCGACCACCGCAACUACGAGCAGGACGCCCCCGCGGCCGCUGCUUUUGUUGCUGGUCUGGUUGCGUAA